CACGUGACAGCACGGAGGCAAGCGGGAUGCAGGUUCCCGAGCUGCUGCAGCGGGUCGGUCAGGUCCUGCUACCGGGAGAUGAGUUCCGCCUGGACCAGGAGGACAACAUCUCUCUGACGGAGGUGAGCCGGCCGAGCCGCGCGGUGUGCGGCCCGGGCCUGAGGCGCAGCGGAGCCCGGCUGCUGGUGUGUAAGAGCGGCGUGCUGCGGCACAAGGCGCCCAACGUCUUCUGGAUCGAUUCCCAGCAGAAGAGGUACGUCCCCGCCAAGGGAGAGACGGUCAUCGGUAUCGUGACGGCGAAAGCCGGAGACAUCUUCAAGGUGGACGUUGGAGGGAGCGAGCAGGCGUCCCUGUCCUACCUGGCCUUCGAGGGGGCGACCAAGAGGAACCGGCCCAACGUCCAGGUGGGGGACCUGGUCUUUGCUCAGUUCGUAGUAGCCAAUAAGGACAUGGAGCCGGAGCUGGUGUGUAUGGACAGUUCUGGCCGGGCUAACGGGAUGGGGGUGUUUGGAUCAGGAGGUCUGCUGUUCACCGUGUCUCUGGGCCUGGUCAGGAGGCUGCUGUCCCCCCUCAGCGAGCUGCGGUCCGACCUGGAGCAGCUCUUCCCCUGCGAGCUGGUGGUGGGGAUGAACGGCCGGCUGUGGGUUCGGUCCUGCAGCGUGCAGCAGACGCUCAUCGUCGCCAACCUGCUGCAGAGCAGCGACUCCAUGACGGCGCCGCAGAGGAAGGAGCUGUUCAGGAAGGUGCAGCAGGGGGCGCUGUAGAGCUCAGGAUGUGAAGCGUGACACACACACACACACACACACACUUCACCACGUUUACCAGAGAAACGCCACUGAUCCAUGAUGACUGGAGGCAAACACAAUGUGUUUGUGGUUUCAGAGACAUUGGAACUAAUGAAAUAUUGUUUUUAAAUAAAAUUAGCAGUUUGUUUGA